UUUCCUGUUUAUUAAGGGUUUGCGUAGUGAAACAGAAACCAGGGGAAUAUACAUUUCCUGUCUAUCCCCUCAAUACGAAGGAUGUUACGAUGACAAGGGGAAUUACAUUUCUCCAAUAUUUAAUCUGCUGAUGAAGAAUAUGUUUUCUGAGUUGUUGAAGGAGCUUGAGAGAAAGACCAAGCAAAAGAAUUUGGUGGAGUUCUGGGGUGUAGAGGAUAUCUGUAGGGAGAUGGGUGUUCCUUUACACAUUGAUAAUUUCUACACUGUGCUUCCAUGGUUCAUAGAAGUGAAGGCAAGCAAACAAUGCCUGGUGGUGGUUGAUGAAUAUGGAGAUGGUUUUGUCCGUGAAUUUAGAAAAGGUGAAUUCUGUUUAUCCCCGGAAGAAGAAGAACUCCUGCGGUUAGAUAAAUUCAGCAUGUUAGAUGCUAAAGAGAUCAUCAUAUCUUUACACCCAACUAACUUUGAACUUGCUAAUGGAUUAAACAUAGACAAGACAUUUGAAGUUCAUUUUCUAUCUAAUAUAUUGAGGAACUCAAGAAAUAUUUGCGAACACUUCAAGGAUUUUGGUAUCACUGUUUUAGAUAGUAGUAAACUUUCAACAGUACUGGGAUAUAAACCAGAGCUGGUUAGGGGGGAUGUGGAUAAUCCUAGUUAUUACAAGGAAUCCAUAGAUGCGAUGAUGAAGAAAGCAGAUAAAUUUAUUUGUAUAAAGGAGGAAAAGUUUAAUUUCUCUCUCUUUGAAAAACAAGUUCAAGAGCGAGAAAUUACACUGUUCAGAUAUGAUAAUGUAGAACAUGAUUGUGAUAAACUAAAGGAUUUUAUAAAAUCUGAUAGUGGUUGUCUGUUAACCAACUAUGGACUAGCUAGAGGAACAGAGUGCCAAUCCCUGUUAAGUUAUCAGGAUGGUAUCUCUAGUUUCUCUAUGCUACGGUGUACAGUUAACCUUGUAAACUGUAUCCCACAGGGGGGUGUAGAAGUGGGCUCCCCGGAACCAGAUUGCCUCGUGAUAGGAGGAUUCCCGGGAGAUCCUGCUCUAUACACCCAGCUCCAGGUUGAGUUAAACAAGACACCAUAUAACAAGUCUACCAAGUUUGUUUGCCUUCUUGGUGAAAAACUCCCUCCAGGAGUAGAAAUAAUCAAGAAAGAAUACAAAUUUCCAAAUUCUAAGAAAGAGUUUGAUGAACACCUUGAUAGUAUAGAGCAGGGUUGUAUAAUAUAUUAUUAUGAAGGAACAAGUAAUAUACAGGGGUUUGCUCAGCUUGGUAUAUGGUUGAGAGGAACAUCAGUUCCCCUCAUUUAUUCACAGUGUUCACCAAACUCUGUAGACAUAUACUUACAUGAUUUUGAUACACUUUAA